AUGAAUUCAAAGUACUAUGCUAAGAUCUUGAAAAGUCAAGGUGACGAACUUAAUGAGUAUGAUGACAACAUCCCACCCGAGAAAUUGAUGGAGAUCUUUCUUUCUGACAACAUUGUUUACGUCAACUACAUUCCUCCUGAUGUUAUGAAAGAAAGGUAUCGGAACCAAUGGUAUGAUGGUAAUCAGUUAAAUGACCAUAGAUUAGUCUAUGUCAGUUCUAUUUCAAUCGCCGGAUAUACUUCUUCAGAAAGAAUUGAGUUUAUCAAAGAGCACGAAUUAUUGCGAAACAAGUACUCUUGUGAACGGUUGAAAUACAUCAACAGUGUCACACCUAAAUUGUUGGAAAUGAUGAUUCCCGAGGAAAGGUAUGAGAUCAAGUCCAAAUUAAUAAGCCGGAUAGAGACCUCAGACGAGAUUGAUUUACCACUUCUUGCCAAUACGGCAUUCCCAUUUUUUACUAUUCAAUUGGCGCUUGAGUUCGAAAGCAUUGGCAUAAAUACAUUUCUGAGUGUCCAUGGCUCUAUAUCUAACAGCAGGUUAUCUAACUUUGUGUUUUCUUUUGAAACUGAAUUAACUGAUCAAAUAGCUGUUGGACUCCAGGGUCCUGGUUUUAGUGACUUGAUCAAAGAUGGAAUUGAUGACUCGAGCGACGCUUUUAAGUCAAUCAUCAGGCAAGUAGGUAGGUACUUCAUCGCUUGUAAUACUACUCGUGCGAUAGUAACUAAUUUCCACCACUCCCUUUUCAUAGAAAUUGGUGAGCUAUCAAAAGAGCUUACGGCUGAAACUGAAGUAGUGAUCCCGCUUCGCUACAGAUCAUUCACUUUGAGCAGUCUGGGUAUAACGGUGCAAGCAGCAUUCUUAGCUUGGCUCUUCUUUGAAUCCGCCGAAGAAGAAAAGCUUCACGCAGAAAGACAAAAGCAAACUGUCAGUGCUUUUAUAAAAGCUGUGAGAAAGGAUAUUGACAAUAAGUCACAUAGUGCUGGAAUCGGGAAAUCACUUGCCAGAGAAAGUAAUGCUAAUAGUAAUAUUAACCCCCAAAAGAGCAAUUCUCAUGUCGAAGGUAAAUGUGAAUCGUGGACUGGAUUUGAAGUAUUACAAGGACAAGGACACCGGAGUCAUGUCUAUAAGUUCCAAGUGGGCUUACUUUGCAAAUUUUUCCCAUAUUUCAAUGAAGUCCUCACAGGCUUGAACCAAGACGAUCUGGUGGUCAUGAAGCUUUUCAUUCCGGAUGUUGUUGCUAGACUCGAUGGGUGGCCGAAUCCAACCAUGAAGGAGAUCAAUAUUUGUAUUCAAGAUUUCCUCAAAGAAGCAUCCUGUUAUGAACUGAUUGCAAAACACAAUGCAUCUGCUGAAGAGAAAAUCCACACUCCUAGUCUUUAUUACUAUGGAGCAUUCCGCAUGAAUGUCCAGGACCUGGACCCUAUCGAGGGAUUCUACUUAUUAUUAUCGUACAUCGAGGAAGAUGAAACCAAAAUCACCAAGUCAAUGGUUGAAAAUGGAUGCAGACAACUCGAAAUGAUGGGGGAUAUUGGGAUCCAGCAUCACGAUAUUGCAAAUAGAAACUGCAAAGUUGCCGAUGGCAAUAUUGUAUUUUUGGACUUCUCUCAUGCUAAGAACCGGGAGCCCAAAUACGAUAACUCUGACGAUAUUCAUGAUCUUAAAUAUAUUUUUAGGAAGAAAGCGGUGGUGACGAUUGAUCAACAUUAUUUCUUUGGGCAACUCCCAGGGAAAACCAACACGGGAAAAGUUACUUCCACUGUCUGGAUUAGACAACGGAUCCAAGAAGAUAUAUGUGCCAAUUUUUCUUUAAGAAUGUAUCCAACUAAAUAUAAAUUUAAUAUAGAUUUAAAACCUUUGCAAUUUGAUCCAAAAAUACACAAUAAUGGAAUGAUAAAUGAAGAUGGAGUUUUGACUUUAUAUGGCGAUAAGAAAUAG